UUCAGAUUAUUUAGUGCGAUAUAAAUACCAGUGUCUCAAAUGCACUCUGGAAAAAAUCAUUCGCGACGUAUCAUAUAACCGAACUCAUCCCAACAUCCUGUCACCACAUACUAAAUGUUUAUAAAUUAUGAAAGUCAACGCCACAUUCUCAAUUCAUUACUCGAGCUGGUUAAUCAUACGUCAGAACACUUUGGUAUCUCAUCGAAGUAACAUCGUGCUCUAAAGAGUGUAUUCCAGAGUCAUUUUUAACUAAAAAUCUAUUAGAAAUCACAAAAUUAUUGUUUUUUGAGUGUGUGCCUUGGCAGUUUUUUAAUUUGUGAUACCAGCUUAUUGAUUGGUUUCUGAAUCCUAGAAGAAUAUUUUAUUAUUUUCGAAGAAUUUAUUCAGAAUUACGAUGUUUCGCUUGAUAUUUGCACUAGCUUUUCUAUUACAAUAUACGUGGAGAUGAAAAUUCACCCUACGAGUAAUAUGCUACUACCUAUUAUGAAUCCUAAACCAGUUGCACCAAUCGAAUUACUAGAGAUGAUAUUCUGUGGAUGUAAAACAAACUGUAACACAUCCCGAUGUUCGUGCAAAAAGGCUGAAAUAAAAUGUAGUUACAGUUGUAAAAAUUGCAAUGGCCAAAGCUGUGAAAAUACUUCAAAUUCGCAUAAGGUCAUACUUGAGAGUGAUACAGAAGAGCGACAAGAUGAUAUAGAUGAUAUAGAAGAUAAUGAAAAUCUGUGGAAUGAUGAAAUAAAUGAUUUACAAGAAGAAGAAGUUGAUGAAACACAAACUGAAAAUUAAAAAAUUUUGCUGAAAAAUUCUGUCAAUUCUAUUUACUAGAAUAAUAUAACCAUUUUAUUAUAUAUUAAAUUUUUACAAUAAUCAUAUUUAUUUA